UUCGUAAAAGCAGAGACGGAGAAUUUCUAAAAAGUUGGGACAAUCCUGGUGUGAACGUGCUGUCACGCGUGAAGCAUCCUCGGAAACGACGUUUCUUCUGGCGUUAGCUUUUCUGUAACGGUCGUCCACGUAUAAAGAGGCAGUCGACACGCAGACAAAUUGAAGAAUUUGCAGGUAGUAGCAGACGAUACGAGGGAGAAUGCUCACGACGGUCGUGAAGAGUAUCGCCAGGCGCUCGUUUUCCACUUCGAAAUGGGUCGCUGCACAGCAAAUGACAGUACGAGAUGCAUUAAAUUCUGCUAUGGACGAAGAAAUGGAAAGAGAUGAAAGAGUUCUUAUAUUGGGUGAAGAAGUUGCCCAAUAUGAUGGAGCAUAUAAAGUCUCCAGAGGUCUUUACAAAAAGUAUGGUGAGAAACGAGUGAUUGACACUCCUAUUACAGAAGCAGGUUUUUGUGGUAUGGCUGUUGGAGCAGCAUUUGCUGGUCUCAGACCUAUUUGUGAAUUCAUGACCUUCAACUUUGCUAUGCAAGCAAUUGAUCACAUUAUUAAUUCAGCUGCAAAAACCUUCUACAUGUCUGCUGGAAAAAUAAAUGUGCCCAUAGUUUUCCGGGGUCCUAAUGGAGCUGCUGCUGGUGUAGGAGCUCAGCAUUCACAGUGCUUUGGUGCUUGGUAUGCCCACUGCCCAGGUUUGAAGGUCAUAUCGCCGUAUAAUAGCGAGGACUGUAAAGGUUUACUCAAGGCUGCCAUUCGAGAUCCCGAUCCAGUAGUAUUCUUAGAAAACGAGCUGCUCUAUGGUGUUCAGUAUCCUAUGUCCGAUGAAGCUCUGUCCAAAGAAUUUGUCUUACCAAUUGGAAAGGCUAAAAUCGAACGUGCAGGCAAACACGUGACCUUGAUAGCACAUUCCAAAGCAGUCGAACUAGCCCUGGAAGCUGCUAAUCAUUUGGCUGGACAAAGUAUCGAGGCUGAAGUCAUAAAUCUUCGAUCUUUAAGGCCUUUAGAUAUCGCGACCAUUGUACAGUCUAUUGCGAAAACCAAUCAUUGUGUUACCGUUGAACAAGGCUGGCCUCAGCAUGGCAUUGGAGCUGAAAUCUCGGCGAGAAUCAUGGAAAGUGAAGCUUUUUAUCAUCUUGACGCACCAGUGAUCCGUGUAACUGGGGUUGACUGUCCAAUGCCAUAUGCAAAAGGUUUGGAAGCAAAAGCAUUGCCUGUAGCAUCAGACAUAGUUGAAGUGGUCAACAAGAUUCUGAAAAUCUCAAAGUAG